AUGCCUCUUAAUAUUGUUGUCAUCGGAGCCGGACUCGGUGGGCUCGCCGCCGCCCUUUCCAUCAAGCAAGAGUCGCCCGCUCAUGACGUUUUGGUUGUGGAAUCAGCGCCAGUGCUAGUAGAGAUCGGUGCAGGACUUCAACUUACACCCAAUGCUACGCGGCUUCUCUUAAGGUGGGGUUUGAAGCCCAGCCUCGAGCAUUUGGCCAGCAGUCCCAAGGAGUUCCUCAUCCGUCGCUUCGACGGUCGCAAGGUCCUUGGUCACCGCCAAAACUUUGCUGCUGAAAUGCUCAGCAAGUACAAGUCACCUUACUGGGAUAUGCACCGAGCAGAUCUACAGCUUGCGAUGUUUGAGCGGGCUAAGAGCCUCGGUAUCCGCUUCGAGUUCGGUACAACGGUGACUGAUGUAGAUCUUGCUAUUCCGCAGCUAACAACAGACAAGGGUGAUAAGAUCACCGGGGAUUUGGUGAUAGCUGCAGAUGGGCUUUGGUCUAAAACACGGUCCAAGGUUCUCGGUAGGCCCAGUCAGCCUAUAGCCACUGGAGAUCUUGCAUAUCGCAUUGUUCUCAAGAAGGAAGACAUUCAAGAUCUUGAGCUGCACCAAUUCAUUGACAAGCCCCGUGUUUGCUUGUGGGCUGGCCCGGAAUGCCACGCCAUCUAUUACCCGCUCAAGAACAACACCAUGGCAAAUAUUGUGCUUCUAGUUCCAGAUAAUUUGCCAGACAACGUGGCUAAGAUGUCUGGUGACCUUUCAGAAAUGAGAGAGAUCUUUGAGAAGUGGGAUCCGCUAUUGCAGAAGUUUCUCUCUCAAGUGGACAAGAUUGAUAAAUGGAAGCUGAUGCAUCUGGAUGAGCUGGAGCGCUGGUAUAACGAGGAAGCCACCGUCGCAUUCUUAGGUGAUUCUUGUCACCCAAUGCUGCCGUAUAUGGCACAAGGAGCUGGUUCUGCCAUUGAAGAUGGUGCUGCAUUGGGUAUCAUCCUGUCGAAGGUGGACAGAAGAGAGCAGCUCCCUCAAGCUCUGAAGACGUACGAGAACCUGAGAAUUCCUCGGAGCAGCGCGUUGCAGAAAUGGAGCAUGAAACAAAGACACAUUAAUCACUUGCCUGAUGGCCCUGAGCAAGAAGCUCGGGAUCGUCUUGCAGAAUCGCAACUCUACGAUCAGCAGCCCGGCUAUCCAUUUUACUGGUAG